AUGCAGGAGCCUGAAAAGGGCAGUGCGCUGGCCCUGGCGCUCCUUUCGGCCGUCAAGAAGGCGCAGGCUGGUGGCCAGGGGCCGCGCGCACGACGAGAUGCGACGGACCCUCCUCUGCCCGCCCCCCAGGCACCAAGUCCUGCCGCCGCGGGGCGCCCGCGCCCGGACGCGCCCCCCCCGGUCCGAGGAUGGACCCCGCAGCACUCGCGCGACCAUGCGUCGCCCGCACGGGACACCAGCGCGCACCUCAAGCCCUCCAUCGGCACCUCUCCGAUCCAGGGCGGCAGGAUUCCUCCCACGAGGCCCUCCGUCACCAAGCCGCCAGCCCCCGCGGAGCGCCGGAGCCCCUCCGCAAGUCCUGUGGGAGGGCAGACGCACGUGAAACACCCCCUGCCGUGGCUCGGCGUGGGCGGCAAGGUCGCGUACCCGCACUCCAGGUCCCCCACCGCGGCGCAGAAGCAGGCCGAAUCCCCCGCGGCACCCUCGGCGGCGCCCAACGCCACUCGGGACGUCGAGGAUGCUGGGCCGAGCGCAGGCGCCAGCCCCGCCGCGCGGGCGGGUGCGCCGGCGCCCGCGCACCUGCGCGACGCCGUCAUGAGCAUGGUGCGCGCCGUCGACAUGGUGCGCUCCGCGACGGCUGCGCGGGGCGGCGAUCCCCUGCCGUCAGCGGCCGCAGCACCGUCGGCGCUGGCCGCGGCGCCGCAGGAGCGCGAGCGGGAGCGCACGCCGCGCGAGCUGCGCAUACAGCGGUGGAACGAGUCGCGACAGCGCGCGCUCGGCCUUCUGCGCGGCCCCGCGCACCGCCGGCCCGCCCUGCGGCCCCUCAACGCGCCGCCGAAGCGCGCACGCGUGGCCUUCGCGGACGAGGACGAGGUCCUGUCGUUCGACUCCUCCGUUGCGUCGUCCCACGGCUCCCGCCCGUGGGGCUACGGCUACGAGCGCGACCCCGACGAGGAGUGGUCGUCCGACGAGUCGUGGCACUCCUCCCGCAUGAGCCUGAACUCCCAGGACGCCAAGGUCGACGCGCAGCGGCAGCAGAGAGUGUCGCUCGGCGAGGGCCUCGCGACGCACCCCGUGGGCGCGGACGACCUCGACGUGGUCAGCCAGUCUGACGCGAGCGACGCUGAGCCCGACAGCACGGUGCCCGUGGGCGCGGACGAGGGUGACGGCGGGGCGACGACCGCGGCAGAGCCGGCGGCGGAGGACGCGGGCGCGGAUGGUGCGGACGGUGCGGACGUGGGCCCGUCGCGGGCGCCCGUCACAUGGCACGCCGCGUACAGCCCUGGAGCGAGCACGGAGUCGCCGGUGCGCGCGGCGCCGCAGCAGCCACAGCGGGCGGCGGCGACGCCCGAUGCGAACGCGGCGACGUCUGGCGUCACCGCAGCGAUAGGUGGCUCUCCGCACCUGCACCGGGAGCCGCGGUCGGCGGACGCGCACGAAGCGAAGCCGCGCUUCCACUCCCCGCGCACCGUCACGCCGCAGCUGGUCAGUCAGAACUCCACGUCGUCGAAAGAACUCAACCUGAAGGGACUCUCCCGGGGGGGACUCGAGGCGCCGGGCGCGGACCCAGACGCCGACGAGGCCGAGGAGCAGGAGCUGAUCCACUUCGCGCGGACGCUCGACUUCGACUUGUACGUGGCCAAGCUCGAGGCGCUCGGGCGCUCGUCGGCCAACGGCGACCCCAAGUCCGGCCCGAUGCUCGCGCGGUACCUCCGCGAGCAGCGCCCGGACUGGCAGACCGCCGCCGACCCAGACAACAAGCAGUCCCCGCCGAUCAGCAAGGACGACUCCUUCCAGCGGCGGUCGAGCGGGGGCAGCGCGCGCUCGCCCAAGAACAGCGGGGGCGCCGCGGCGUGGAGCCCGCGCGUCGACGAGCAGAUGCGCGUGGCGGGCGCCGGGAGAUACAAGCCGUGGGCCACGAAGCACGGCCUCGGCCACGGCGCCGCCACCCCGCCCCAGAAGCGCGGCACCGGCCCCAGCGCAGGCCCGAAAAAGGACUCGUCGCGCAACUCGGACCUGACUGGACAGGCCGCGGUGCCGGCGCACGCGAUCGAGCUGUCACCGCGCGUGCAGGGCUCCCUGGGUCCCGCGGCCGCGCAGUCGAUCGACGACCUCGACGCGCUGUGGACCACCACCAUUGGCGUGCUCGGGAAGGACGCGGACAAGGACGCGGACAAGGACGCGGACGCGCCGGGCGACGCCGGACCGUCGGGGCAGGGCGGAGCGUCGCCGGCUGCCCCGGACACCGCGGGGAGCGGCGCGCGGGAGGCGUCGGUGGGCACGGCGACGUCGCCACUGCCCACGUCGCGCACCGUGGAGCUGACGCGGAAGCUGGAGAGCGCGUACAGCGGGGCGCUGACGCUGCUGGACCGCAUGGUGGCCGAGGCGGAGCAGGCGCACGAGUCUCCCGAGAAGCAGGAGCAGCACCAGCAGGACGAGGAGGGGGGGUUCUCGGAGAUCAACAAACUGAUCGAGAGGAUCGAGGAGGUCGGGGACUCGAUCCGGAAGCACCGCCUGGUGUCGCCGCGGCCGAACAGCUCGCUGCGCGCCUUCAAGGCCACGCCGUCGUCGUCCUCGCUGAUCAACCCCAACUCGCCGCGCAUCGUGCGUGGAAACAGCGGCGCGAGCCUCGCCGGGAGCAGCGCGGUCAAGGGCAGCCCGCACGCGGCGCCCGGGACGCGCUCCCCUGCGCGCGCCCCCAUGCGCGAAGCAUACACGCAGACGCCCCCGAGCGAGCAGCCGCGCGCCGCCACCAGCACAGAGGCUGCCAACUCCGCAGACGGCGCCCGCCCGAGCGACCAGGGGUCCGGCGCGAAGAUGCCAGCCGUGCCCUCGUUGCCGCUCCAGGGCAUCGGCGCCGGGGCGCCGCAGGGCCCCUCGCCGGUGUCCCCCGCGGGCUACAGCACCACGCCCAUGUCCACCACGCGGGCGUCCACGCCGCGCGGCGCAGCGCCGCCGCAGCCCGACCUGGCGACGAUCCGACAGGAGCUGGCCCGGUUGCGAGUCGAGAACCAGACCCUGGCCUCUGCGGUGCGGCGCAUGAGUGCGCGGCGCAAGUCGGGGAUGUCGACGGGGUCCAACGACUUCCUGAGGUCUGACGCAAGCGGGGGGGGCGGGGCGAAGAAGUACGCGAGUGUGCGCAGCAGGGUCGACACAGGCCGCAGGUCUUCAGAGGGUCCUGCCGGUGCGCCGUCGCAGGGCCUCCGCAGGUCGUGGCAGAAGCCCUCUCCAGUGCAGGCGCAGCCCUCCGUGUCGCCCGUGCGGCGCUCGUCCUCCUACGCAGACCGCUUCCGCAACUCCGGCGUCUCCCCUCUGCGCCAAUCUGGCGUCUCGCCCCUCCGCAGAUCGCCAGGUAGUGGAACUCAUUAG